AUGGCCGGUGAAGUGGAAGGACGGGCGAUCGGGAUCGAUUUAGGCACGACAUAUUCAUGCGUGGCAGCAUGGCAGCACAACCGCGUCGAGAUCAUAGCCAACGACCAGGGCAAUCGCACCACACCCUCUUGUGUCGCUUUCACUGACAACGAGCGUCUCAUCGGAGAAGCUGCCAAGAAUCAAGUCGCCAAUGCUCCAACUAACACCGUCUUUGAUGCAAAGAGGCUGAUUGGCCGUAAAUUCAAUGAUCCAACGGUUCAGAGUGACAUAAAACUAUGGCCAUUCAAGGUCAUUCCUCACACCACCGACAACAACACGCCUAUGAUUGUAGUGACCUUCAAAGGAGAGGAGAAACAGUUUUCAGCUGAGGAGAUCUCUUCAAUGGUGCUAUCUAAGAUGAAGGAUAUCGCCGAGGCCUAUCUUGGAUCAUCUGUCAAGAAUGCUGUCGUGACCGUGCCUGCUUAUUUCAACGACUCUCAGCGCCAGGCAACCAAGGCAGCUGGAACCAUGGCCGGCCUCAAUGUUGUAAGGAUGAUCAACGAGCCUACUGCUGCAGCCAUUGCAUACGGUCUAGAUAAAUGGGGUGAUGUGGCUAAGAAUGUGCUUAUUUUCGAUCUUGGUGGUGGCACAUUCGAUGUGUCUGUGGCCACGGUUGAGGCGGGUGUUAUUGAUGUGAAGGCUAUUGCCGGUGAUACUCAUCUCGGAGGGCAAGACUUUGACAUUAGGAUGGUGAAUCAUUUCGUGAAAGAGUUUGAAAGGAAGAAUGGUAAGGAUAUUAGUACGAAUCCAAGAGCCAUUAGGAGAUUGAGGAGUGCUUGUGAAAGAGCCAAGAGGAUGCUUUCUUCCACUUCCCAAACUAAUGUUGAGAUUGAAUCUUUGUUUGAGGGGAUUGAUUUGUUUUCGACUAUCGCUCGUGCUAGAUUUAAUGAACUCAACAUGGAUUUGUUCAACAAGUGUAUGGAGCUGGUUGAGAAAUGCUUGAGUGAUGCAAAGAUGAAGCGGGGGGGUGUGGAUGAGGUGGUUCUGGUGGGCGGGUCGAGCAGGAUUCCGAAGGUGCAGGAGCUGUUGAGGGAGUUUUUCAAUGGGAAGGAGGUGUGCAAGACCAUUAAUCCAGACGAAGCCGUGGCGUAUGGUGCUGCAGUGUUGGCAGCCAAGUUGAGUGGUGAAGGGAAUGAGAAGGUGCCAAAUGUGGUAUUAUUGGAUGUAACUCCUUUAUCUCUUGGUGUUUCAACCUAUGGAGAUGUGAUGAGAGUAAUUAUUCCAAGGAAUACACCUAUACCAACAAGGAAUGUGAGCCAUAUUUUGUCAACAACGGCGGACAAUCAGACAAGGGUAGCUGUUAAGGUGUAUGAGGGUGAGCGAAGCAAGGCAACAACCAACAAUCUGCUAGGUGAAUUCGUCCUCAGUGGCUUUCCAGCGGCACCCAGAAGAGUUGGUAGACUCAAAGUGUGCUUCGACAUUGAUGAGAAUGGUAUCUUGAAUGUGUCCGCAGAGCAUAUAGGGACUGGAUUGAAGAACAACAUCACCAUCACCGACAAGGGCAGGCUGUCCAAGAAAGAAACCGAGAAGGCAAUAAAGGAUGCGGAUAAGUACCAGUUGAAGGAUGAGGAACACACGAAGAACGUUAAGGCUAUGUUUGAUUUGGAGAACUAUGCCUACGACACGAGAAACGCCAUCAGAAGUGCAGCGAAUCUCAAAGCAAAAGACAAGAAGAAGAUGGAGGAUGCUUUCGAGUCUUUCACAAAGUGGUUGGAGUCCAACAAACACGCUAAGGCUGAUGUUUAUAAACACAAGAUGAAGGAACUCCACACUGUUUUCGAUCCCAUCGUUGCCAAGAUGAAAUAAGAAUGAACAAUGAUGAUUCCUCUUGGAUUGA